UGUCACGCUGGGCAGGCUUCAUGUUUCACAAAAGAGGAAGCUGUCAAAAAAAUACAAGCAAAGCUGCUGUGACAAUGAGGCACUUCUUCCUCAUUCUGUUUCCCUAUCUUGGUGUGUUUGGCAUUCAGGGGGCUUCAGAUUUCAGGAUCUGUGCCUUUAACCUGCAGCAUUUUGGGGAGUCCAAAUCCAAGAAGCAGGAUGUCAUGCAGAUGUAUGCUAAGAUCAUCACACGGUGCGAUGUGAGUCUGCUUCAGGAAGUGAGAGACAAAAAACAAAAAGCUUUGCCCCAGUUGCUUGAGCAUCUAAACAACUAUGACCUUAAUCACGAGUACAAAGCUGUGGCAAGUGCGAGACUGGGCAGAUCUGAAACAUACCAGGAGCAGUAUGUGUUUGUCUACAGGGCUGAUAGAGUGACUGUAACGGGCCAGUAUCAGUACCCAGAUGACAGGCCAGGAGAUGUUGAUGCCUUCUCCAGAGAGCCGUUCGUUGUCCGCUUCAAAGCUCGAGACACUGCGAUCAAGGAGUUUGUCCUCAUCCCACAACAUACAAGUCCAGCUAACGUCUCUAAGGAGCUUGAUGCACUGUAUGAUGUUAUGCAGCAUGUGAGGAGGAUGUGGAAAACUGAGAAUGUGAUGCUUCUUGGGGACUUCAAUGCUGAUUGUGCCUACCUUUCCAAGAGGAGCCGCGGGAAAUUGCGCUUGUUUACGGACAACAGUCUGUUCUGGUUGAUGCCAGAGAAGUCGGACACAACUGUCCGAGCGACCACUUCCUGCGCCUAUGACAGGAUUGUUGUGCAUGGAGACGUGUUUUCCAAUGCAGUUGUACCCUUUUCAGCCAAGCCCUUUAACUUUCAAAUGGAAUAUCAUCUUACAGAGGAAGAGGCACUCAAGGUGAGUGACCAUUACCCCAUUGAGGUCCUGCUGAAGAACAACGCAUCAAAAGUUUCCUUUAGCCUCUUCCUGGUCUCUCUUCUUAUAUUCAUUUUAAGAUGUAUCAACCAGUUGGAUGGGAAUCCUAUCAGAGGUGGUGUAGUAUCAUGAGAUGAACCUCUUAUUGUACAAAGUAAUAAUCAUAAUAAUUCAGGUAAAACACAGCAAACUCUCUUACCUCACAGGAAAUCUCUAUCUCUUGCAAGGCUUUUGAACUUUGGUAAAUAAAAGGACAUAGCAGAAGUGAUAAGAUCGGCACUGGGAACUUUCAGGCUUUCGUAGUGUGACACUGACUUUUUGUAUCAGUCAGAACAAAUAUUAUAAUAAUAUAGUAUUUGUACAGUAUUAGUUACCAUAAGGCGGCACGGUGGACGACUGGUUAGAGCGUCAGCCUCACAGUUCUGAGGACCGGGGUUCAAUCCCCGGCCCCGCCUGUGUGGAGUUUGCAUGUUCUCCCCGUGCCAGCGUGGGUUUUCUCCGGGCACUCCGGUUUCCUCCCACAUCCCAAAAAACAUGCAUUAAUUGGAGACUCUAAAUUGCCCGUAGGUGUGAAUGUGAGUGCGAAUGGUUGUUUGUUUGUAUGUGCCCUGCGAUUGGCUGGCAACCAGUUCAGGGUGUACCCCGCCUCUUGCCCGAUGAUAGCUGGGAUAGGCUCCAGCACGCCCGCGACCCUAGUGAGGAGAAGCGGCUCAGAAAAUGGAUGGAUGGAUGGAUGGAUAGUUUCCAUAAAUGUUUCUUCAAAUACAGGUACAGCACAUCUCAAUAAAUUAGAAUAUGGUCGAGAAGUAAAUUUAUAUGAAAAUACAUUUCAGAGGACAAAUUCCUUCCUAAUUUCUACAUAAAAAACAGUUACAUUGUUUCUUGAUUGUUUGUUAUGUAAUAUUCUAGUUAGUAUUCUAGGGCUCUUUAUCACGCAUCUAUCAGUAGUUAACUAUAAGCCAAAAGAUGUGCAUUAUUUUUCAUAUUGGAAGAGUUUGUGGUUGUGAUGCUAUAAGCAAUGUUUGCUUUCUGUUUGUAUGUAAACUAUGUCAACCGAAAUUAAUAAACAAGACUGCCUAUUGUU